AUGCCUAUGAUUCCUGCCACCCGCCCACUCUCUCCAGCUAAACGCAAAUACUCAGAAUGCUCGUCCACGGACUCCGACUCCGAGGACUCAGACGAGGACGAGGACAAAGAAAACCUCUCGCCGCCAUUGCUUGAGGCAUACCGACUCAUUUUAUCGCUCUACCAUGCCAAAUGCACCUACUCCGGAUGCCCUGCACAGAAUCCAAAGACACGCCGGCGCCAUAUCCUUUGCUCGACACCGUCUUACCCACGAGUUUGUGGUGGAUGUUCAGGAGCGAAUUUUUGCAGCUCUCAGUGCCAGCGCCGUGCUUAUAACUCCGAAACGGGACAUCAUGCUGUAUGUGGUCGAAUUCAAGACAUUCGGAGAGCAUUGGGCAUGCGGACGAGUGAUUGGAUUGGUUUAUUUGAGGAGCCAGAUGAGGAUUUCUUUUUGGCGCUGUGCGAUCACUUUGGGGUCGAGCAGUCACUCGGGGAAGCAUUACUCGUUAGCGCGAGGAAUAUUCUCCGAUAG